CUGUCAGCCGUUGCACUCGUCAGGCAUUUUCAGAUAGUGAAGGACCAGGAAUUUUCUCAGUUUAAUAGUCUCAAGUCGAAAAUUUUUGAACAUUUAAGCGGUGAACCAAUUCCAUAUGUAGAAUACACGAAAGAGGAACACGAGACAUGGAGAAUAGUCUACGAAAAGCUUCGCGAACUCCAUGAAUCACACACCUGUGCCACUUACAGGAAGAAUCUCAAGCUCUUAGAAGACGAAGGCGUUUUAUCCCCAGAUCAAAUUCCGCAAAUCAGAGACGUCAAUAAAUAUCUUCAGAAGAAAACUGGUUUUAUUCUUCGCCCAUGCAGUGGCCUUUUGACCGCACGAGAUUUUCUGGCAAGCCUAGCAUUCCGUGUGUUUCAGACAACCACUUACUUACGGCACGGCAGUAAACCACAUCAUUCGCCUGAACCGGAUCUGAUUCAUGAGUUAGUUGGACAUGUGCCAAUGUUCGCUGACCCAAUGAUAGCCCAGAUGAGCCAGGACAUCGGUCUGAUGAGUUUGGGCGCUACUGACGAACAAAUAGAAAAGCUGGCAAACGUGUACUGGUUUAUAAUCGAGUUCGGACUGUGUGUAGAAGAUGGAAAAUACAAAGCGAUUGGCGCUGGAUUGCUUUCUGCUUACGGAGAAUUGAUGCAUGCCUGCUCAGACAAACCUGAACAUCGUGAAUUCGAUCCAGCCACUACAGCCGUACAGAAAUACGAAGACAGCGACUAUCAACCACUCUAUUUUGUCGCUCAAAGUAUUCAGGACGCUUUGUCGAAGUUAAGGUAUAUAAGCACAGCGACUUCAAGAUAA